CUUGAUCAUAUUAAAGUAUCUCUAACUACCAAUUCUCCCCCUUGGUUCAUAUCGAAAGUUUCAGCUGACGCCCAACUUUUCAAAAAAAAAAAAAAAUCAAGGCCAUGUUUCUCAUAACCUUCGUUUGUUCUUAGCACAAAUUUGGCAGCGACGCAAGUCUGGGUUGCAUCAACAUUGGAGAAGAUACUCAUAUUUUGGCUUCUAAAAGUUCAAAUUCUGAAGCAUGGCAGAUUCUGAUGUUCCCGAAAUAUUGGAUAUAACUACAUACACAUCAGACAAACGUUGGCUAGAGAAUAUAUUUCGUGAUGUUUCUAAAUUGUCUGUAGCCAAGCAAACUGUGGUUGGUGGUAUAUCUGGCUGGUGUGCAGGAAUGCUUUUUGCAAAAGUAGGAAAAGUUGCUGCAGCAACUGUAGGAACAAGUCUUUUACUCUUACAGAUAGCCCAGCAUCAAGGUUAUGUUACAGUUAACUGGACCAAAAUUGAAAAGAGCAUGCAAUCAGCCAAGGAUUCUAUUGAAAGAGACACCAAGAAAGCCUAUCCCCAUGUUGCAGCUUCAGUUAAAACAUUUUUUGCACAGAAUGUUUUCCUGGCAUCAGGUUUUGCUGGUGGCUUUCUGCUUGGAUUAUCAUCAUGAUGUCUUUACAAUUCCUUUUCUUCUCUAAUAAACCAUGCAACUUAUAUAAUUCAAUAU